AUGGCGGUCCAGUUCGGCAACUUCUACACGUUCUUCUACGAAGACACGGUGGGGCGCAUCGCUGAGGAUGAGGUGAAGCUCAUUGCAGAGGGCUUGCUGCAGAAGGUGAACCACUAUCAUUUCCUCUACCCCAUCGCACAGCUGUUCCUUUGGUUAGGGAUGCUUUCCUCGGUCUUGGUCUGCUGCGUGCUCCUGGGGCUCUACUACCAGGCCAACUACCCAAACACACCGGCCAUGUGGCGCUGCUAUUCCUUCAUCCUCGCCGUUUGCGCUGUGGGGAGCGUCGUCUUCCUGAUCUGGAUGAAAUUCCACAUGCUGCGGGAGAAGCAGGACAAAGUUCGCACGAAGACAUCCGGCCCCGACUUUCUCAAGGAGGCACACCACGACGCCGUGGAUCCAUUCACUGCAGCCGUGCCGGUGUUCGACAGCGAUGCACAAGUAGAGGCCGCAUACCGCGAAGUCUUCCACACCCCGACCGGGGGCGCAGGAACUUUGUCCGAACUGGGAACAGAAGUGGAUCUGGGUGAAAGCGGUGGUGGGGCCUGGGACCUGGGCGAUUGCAAAGCGCCGUAA